CACGCCCGCAGUACAUCAUACCCCCUACCCCGGAAUCCUCGGCCUAAUAAUACGAAAUUGUUUUUUAGCACACAGAAAAUUACGCUCUAUAUUAUACAUUUGAAAAUGUCGAAUUCCAUCAAUGCUACACCGUUAUUGUGUAACGAGGACUCGUCGCGAUAACAUUAACUCCUCGGCCGAAUAUUAUCGUUGUAUUUUAUACCGCGUAAAAUAUACGUACAAUGCGUAUGUGUUAAAAUUAAAAAAUAAACAUGAAAUAAAAUUGAUUUCGCAUAUUUGUGUUUACUGUAGAUUUCGCCUUGGACUGGUCGGACCACGCUCUCUGGUGGCCGAACCGUAACUCGUGGCUCACCAGGACCCGGUCUACGUUGGACCAGUAUGGAGUGCAAGCUGACGCCAAAUUGCAGUUCACCAGAAUGCAUAAAACCGCACGCAUUCAGUUACCGGACCUCCGGUACGUGGACAUGCGCGUCGACUUUUCCAUCAAAACUUUCAACGCCGUCAUACAAAUAUGCAAAGAGCUGAGUGAGUGCAUAUCCAAUAAAUAAAAUCGAUAAUAUAAUAUAGGUACAUCGUGAGUGUGCGCUCAAACCGAUAAUAUUUUUCUUCUUUGCUUUAGACAUCAGACACCCGGAAGAAUUGUCUCUGAGUAAACCGCUGGAACCGUACCACUUGAAGCACAACAUGAAAGAGAUGCAAUACAACGGCGGUCAAACUCCUUCGGCCGACACCAAUUCGUUCGCCGUCAACAGCCACAGCCCGUCUGGUUCCACAGGCAGUUUGGACAUGCAAUCCUCGUCGCCGUUUAUAUGCGCCCCCUUGAAACACCAUUCUACACCUAUUAGUUCACCAUUGUCUGUGAGUAUUAUACUAUAAAAUAACCCAACCCAUAAGUUUAGAAAUCUGCAAAAAUCGUACACAAAGUUCACACCGUGAAUCUCAAAGGCUUAGAAUAUGCGUGUUUUCGCUCGAUGAUUUAUAACUUUAGAAGUUUCUCUAAAUAUUUAAAAAAUUUUACCCUGUUUACACUUGAAUUUUGGACUUACGAAACAUUUUUUUUUUUUAAAUUCUUUCUGGAUUUCCUAACUAGGAAUCUUGUUUAGUCUACUAUUUCCCUCGCCUAAACCUGUGGUUUAUCCAUGGUUUAAAUUAUGGCCGUUUCUUGGUUUGUUGUUUUACUUAUUUUGUUCUUUCCCUCAUAAGCAAAACGGUACUUGGAAGAAAGGAUACAGUAAAUCAGAAAUGAACGGCAACGUGACAUCGUUGGAACUUUUGAACGGCUCACUCGACACGUCGUUGGCCAACAGCCUUUCGCCCAACCAAGAGGUACGGAACAAAGUGUUAAAACCCAAGUCGCUGGUGGAAAAGGCCAGAAUGAACGUCGCGUAAGUCGAAUCGAAGUUUAACCUAAUUGUAUUCCCUUGACUCACAACGUUCGCCUGUUCGUAUUACUAUAUAGAUGGCUAGAUUCGUCACUGUCGAUCAUGGAACAAGGCGUCAGGGAAUACGAUUUAUUGAAAUUGCGGUUCAAAUUCUAUUCGUUCUACGAUUUGAAUCCCAGGCUUGAUACCGUACGCAUCAAUCAAAUAUACGAACAGGCCAAAUGGAGUCUGCUUAGUGGCGAAAUCGAUUGUACCGAAGAAGAAGCACUUAUGUUUGCCGCACUGCAGGUAUUAAACCGAAAUUACUUGUAUAUAUUUCAUAGAAUAAAUAAUUAUUGCACGAUAAAAUAUCUAUGUUUAACACAGUGCUGUCGAGAGACAGCCGUAUAAUAAAUCCUUUUUAUAAAUAGUUAUUUUCGGAUUUCAGCUUCAAAUUAAUCUAAAGGCGAGCGUGCCGCAACCCAUCCAGGAGUCUUUGGGUGGAGAUGACGAUAUCGACACGGCACUUUCCGACCUCCAAAUCACUCUCGAAGGCUAUCAGCCGUCGAACAACAUCAACCAUUUGAACCACGCCCCGGAGUUAACCGAUUAUUUGCGAUUCUUGAAGUCAGUAAAUACCUAUACACUUCUACGAAACUUGAGUUCAUAAAAUUUAUUAAAAUUAAUAUUUUGAAAUUUGUAUACAGGCCAAAAAAAUUCACACUAAAAGCGUUCAAACGGUACUGGUUUACGUGUCGGGACUUGCAUCUGAGGAUGUACAAAUCGGCGGAUGACGCCAAGUCAGGCGUACCGCCCGUGCACAGCGUCAGCUUGAAGGGGUGUGAAGUAACGCCCGACGUAAACUUUUCACAGAAUAAGUUUGGUAUAAAGCUGGAAGUGCCCAAUUCGGACGGCAUGACUGAAAUGUGUAUCAGAUGCGAAAGCGUGAGUCGUCGAAUCCGCCAAUUUAUUUUCAUAAUAACUAUAUUGGUAUAUUAUAAGUCAUAACCUGUGCGGUACAUUACAGGAGGAACAAUACGCCAAAUGGAUGGCAGCCUGUAGAUUGGCGGCCAAAGGGCGCCCGUUGUCCGACCAUAGUUACGAGUCCGAAGUCAAGUCGAUCAAAGCAUUCCUCGAAAUGCAACAUCCGUCAGUUGUACAGUCGCCCGUCAUCAACCCGGCAUCGUUGGACAUAUCGGUCGAGGAUUACGUGCCUCACAGAUUCUCCAAAAAACUCAAGGGAAAGGUACGCCAACAACACGUUAUGAUGAUCGGAGAAAAAACAAAGCGUCUUAUUAUGAUAUAUAUUAAAAAAAAAAAAAAAAAAAACAAAGAAAAUGUUAAAACGAUAAGUAAAUCUUGUUUCAGCUCGUUCAGCGCAUACUUGAAGCUCACGCCAACCUCAAGGACCUGACGCUGAUGGAAGCCAAAAUGAACUACAUCAAAGCGUGGCAGUCGUUGCCUGAGUUCGGCAUCUCGCUGUUCGUCGUCAAGUUUAUGGGACAUAAGAAGGAGGAGUUGAUUGGCAUAGCGUACAACCGAUUGAUGCGUAUGGACAUCACGACCGGUGACCAUGUGAAAACGUGGCGAUACAAUACGAUGAAGGUAACGUUCGAUGUGAUCCCACACGCUGACGGGGCCAGGUUCCCCGAUUAUUCUUGCCUUCCAGCGUAUCUCCCUCUUAUCCGUCACUUUUCUUAAUUUACUCCGCGUGUACUCAUGUCACUCGCCAAUCAGAAAUAUUGAGAAUAACAUGAAUAUUGCAAGGGCCGCAACGUUUAUAUAAACGACCGGAGUAACUAGGGAAGGUAUAAAAAAACAGUGAGUUUAUAAGAGGUUGAAAGUUGAAAAGUUGAGAGAGAAUAUGGAAUAGACUGAGGUGAUUCGGACACGCGAUAAACCGCUCACUGUACGAGUAUUUUGAUGAAUGUAAACAAAAAAAAAAACAGGAAAUGAAGAUCGCGAAGAGGAGACAUUUGGAUACGAGGACUGCAGCUUAUUGGAUAUUUAUUAUAGUCAAUGUUAAAGACCUAUUCGGGGACUUCCGGACUAUAUUAUAUAAUAUCGGUUCUCGUUCUGUCAACAAGCCGUCUCGAUAUUCUUAUAUUCUUGUUCUUAUGCAUAUUUGUGUUUGGCGCAGGCUUGGAACGUCAACUGGGAAGUGAAACACAUGAUGGUCCAGUUCGAGGAGGAAAACAUAAUUUUCGCGUGCCAGUCGGCCGACUGCAAGGUCAUCCACGAGUUUAUCGGCGGUUACAUAUUCUUGUCGAUGCGCUCCAAGGAGGUGAACCAGACGCUCAACGAGGAGCUGUUUCACAAGCUGACCGGCGGCUGGUCGUAAAUGGAAUCGUCUCGAGCGAAAUCUGCAGAUGGCCGGGAAAACCGUGGUCCCGACGUCCGUCCUCGGGGCCCGCGAAAUCGUGGGCCCCUCCCACUCAUACGUCCCCCUCAUAAUUAAACACGCGCGUGUAAGCCGCCAUUAUAUUAAUAAGGUCGCGAGACAAUCGCCGAACAAACGGGAACAAAACGUGUACAUAAUAAAUAUUAUUAUAUUACCCGUAAAUAUCCGUUUCGUCGAUAAUAGUAUUUUUUUUUUUUUUUCUGUAAAUUAUUUUAGAGGCCUACGCCUGUCGUCGUUUGUCGCUUUUCAAACGGACAAUUUAUUUAUGUAUUAUACGAUGUUUUUGUGUACGGGAAAAUAUACCGAAACGUUUUCUACAUAUUGAAAACAAUGACUUCAACGAAGCACGUUGAUGAAACAUCGCUCGGCGAAUUAUAUAUUAUUAUUAUGUACAUUUUGUUUUUUUUUUUUUUUUUUUUUUUUUUUUUUUGCUUUUGUUCCGACGCUCCGCAACGAACCGAUAUCAUCGUAAUUCGGGCGGUCGCCCGCUAACUCGAUCUGCCGGACAAUC